GUGAACAUACCGAUGGCCACACCAGAACACAAAUCGGAGAGAGAAGUGUGAGAAACAGAACCAAAAUUCGCCAACAAUGCCACCACCACGACCACACCAGAUGAAUUAAAGAACCUGGGCUUCUUUAUUUAUAUAUGGGUGAAGAAGAAGAAGAAGAAGAAUUGAUGAAGAAGUAGAAGAAGAAUUUAUGGGUGGCAGUCGGCACUUUGCUUCUUUAUUUAUAUAAAGAAGAAGAUUUGCAGGAAAAGAUCUUCAAAGUUUCAAAAGAGUUGUGGCAGCUCAGCUUUGCCUCAUUCACCAAACCAAUUGUGCUCCGGUGUUCAAUAAUCAUAGCAAUUUGAAGGGAAUUGACCUCAUUCUUAACCAAAAGAGAGAAAGGUAUAAGUUGUUUCCAGAAGAAGCUUAAUGGAAAAACGAAAAAGAAGUGUUGCUUACUAUAAUACUCUGUGUUCUUCUAUUUAAGCUUAGUAUCACAAGCUAAGAUACAAGAGUCUCAUUCUAAAGGCAAAACAAAAAAAAAAACCAUGGAGAUCCUCAGCGGAAUUAUUUCUAAAGUAAUCGAGUACACAGUUGAACCAGUUGGGCGACAAGUGGGUUAUCUAAUUAACUACAAAAGCAACCUUGAAAGUGUGAGGAGUCAAUUGAAGAACUUGAAUGCUGCCAAAGACCGGAUGAAGCAUAGGGUUGAUGAAGUUGAAAGAAAUGGUAAAGGAGUAGAAACUGAUGUCCAGAACUGGAGAACAGAAGCAGAUGGGAUCACUCAAGAGGCAGAAAAGAUUUUGGGAAUUGAAGGCCAAGCAAAGACAAAGUGUUUCCAUGGAGUAUGUCCUAAUCUAGUGAAGUAUCAUCAGUUUAGCAGGAAAUCAGCAAAAUUGGCAAACAAGAUUGAACUACAUGCACAAAUAGAUUUUCCCAGUGUUUCUUACGAAGCUCCAGUAGAAGAUAUAUGUGCUAUACCCUCUCAAGAAUACAUGGCCUUUCAAUCAAGGGCUCCAAUGCUGAAGGAAAUCAUGGAGGAACUGAAAAAUCCUGAUACCAACAAGAUUGGGGUGUACGGAUUGGGGGGUGUUGGAAAGACAACCCUCGCCAAAGAAGUUUUCAGACAAGCUAAUAAAGAAAAGUUAUUUGAUGAAGUGGUUAUAAUACUUAAUGUAAAAGAAAAAAUGGACAUGGACAUUCAAAAAGAAAUUGCUGAAAAGUUAGGUAUGGAAGUGAAGGAACCUCAAAGUAUGGCAGUAAGGGCAAAUUGUUUAUGGGGCAGAAUAAAAGACAAGAAGACUCUUGUAAUUUUAGAUGAUGUUUUGGGAAGAAUUGAUUUGGAGGCUGUGGGACUUGUCCCUGUCCGGACUUGUAAUUUAUUGUUGACAUCUAGAGAUAAGGAAGUUUUAUUUUCUGAGAUGGGUACGCAAAAGAAUUUUCAGCUUGACCUUUUAUGUGAACCAGAAAGUUUAAGUUUGUUUGAGAAGAGGGCAGGUACUGUUAUUAAAGAUGACCGUAUAGAGGGAGUAGCAAACGAAUUGGCCAAAAAAUGCGGAGGUUUGCCUAUUUUAGUUGUUGCAGUUGCAAGCGGUUUAAGAGAGAGUUCUUUAGAGGAAUGGAAAGAUACCUUGAGGCGCUUCAAAAAUUUUGAGAAAAAAGGAUUGGCAGAAAUAGCAUUCUUGAUAAUAGAGUGGAGUUACAAUCAAUUGGAUAGCGAGGAGCUUAAACGGUUGUUCUUGCUCUGUGCAAUAAUGGCAGAAGGUACCUAUGCUUUUUCUCUCUCUGACUUGUUGAAAUAUACUAUAGGUUUGGGUUUGUUUAAAAAUGUUCGCACAGUGGAAGAGGCACGGAAUGCAUUGCAUUCAUUGGUUAAAAAACUUAAAGAUUCUUGUUUGUUGCUUGACGGUUAUGACGAUGGAAAUGUUAGAAUGCAUGAUGUUGUACGAGAUGUUGCUGUCCGAAUUGCAUCUAGAGAUCAACAUGUCUUAUCAAGAGCUUAUACAGAGUUGGAUGAAAGUCCAAGUAAAGACUGCUCUCUAAUCUCUCUCCAAAGAUGUACUAUCCCCAAGCUUCCUGAUGUACCUUGGGAGUGCCCAGAACUGAAUCUUUUUUAUUUGGGGAGUAGUGACAACUCGCUUGAAAUCCCUUGGAACUUUUUUGAAGAGAUGAAGGAACUCAAAGUGUUAGAUUUAACAGGACUUCAUUUCCCAUCACUGCCUCCAUCUCUUCAAUCCCUAACAAAUCUUCAGACUUUGUGUUUAGAUAAUUGCAUGUUGGGGGACAUAGCUCUAGUUGGACAGCUAACAAAUUUGAAAAUUCUUAGCCUUCUACAAUCCCAGGUUAAAGAGUUGCCUAAAGAAAUAGGGCAAUUGACUCGUCUACAAUUGUUGGAUUUGUCGGAUUGCUCUGAACUUGUACUGAUCUCACCUGGCGUUAUAUCAAGCUUGACAAGUUUAGGAGACUUGAGAAUGGGAAGCUUUAAGAAAUGGGAAGGAGGUUUAAAUGAUGGAAGAAGUAAUGCGAGCGUGUCAGAGCUGAAACAAUUGCGUCAACUAACAGCAUUGGACAUACAUAUUCCAGAUGCUAAGCUUCUUCCAGCAAACAUGUUCUCGGAUACAAGAUUAGAAAGAUACACCAUACUUAUUGGUGAUUGUUGGCAACAUCCUGAUAAUUACGAAACCUCCUCUAACAUGUUGAAACUCAAGCUCACCACGAACAAUCAAUUCGACCAAGGUAUACAAUUGCUGAUAAAGAGAUGUGAACAUCUGGACUUGGAUGGGAUGGAGGCGGCAAAUAUUAUUUCCUAUUUAUUAGCAAGUGACAGUGGUAAACAACUGAAGAAUCUCCUUGUCCAAAACAAUGAUGAAGUUACAGCUGUCAUUGACAACCUUGUUAAUUUGGAAACUGUAUGUUGCGGCCAACUCAUAGCUCAGCCUUUUCAAAAGUUACGAUCUUUGACUUUGCGGAAUCUGCCAAAGCUUAUUGGUUUCUCCUCCAAAGGCAGCAGGUCAGUUGUAAGUAGAGAGGCCGAAGAAAUCAUUUUGGAGAAUGAAAUUGGUGGACCCACGAAACUUUUCAUGAAUGGGGAGGUUAUGAUGCCCAAUUUAACAAGCUUGAUCGUGCAUGGAUGUAGUGGUUUGAGAUUCUUGUUUUCAUUUUCCAUGGCUAGAAGUCUUGUCCAACUCACACAUCUUGAGAUAGCUAGCUGCGAAAUCAUGGAAGAGAUAGUAACAAAAACUAGCAGCAGUGAGGAAAAUACAGAUGACAUAUUUCGCAAGCUAAAACAUCUACAGCUGCAACAUCUUCCAAGCCUCACCAGAUUCUGCUCAGGAAGUUAUGUGGAAUUUCCAUCCUUAGAGCUGUUGCAUCUAGAAGAUUGUAGUGAACUGGGGGUAUUCAUCUUUCAUUCGAAGAGUGAAAACGUUACAGUGGAUAAACAAACUGAAGAGACUGAUGUACAAUACUUUCUUUUGGCUGCAAAGGUAGGAUUUCCUAGCUUGGAGAGCUUGAUCAUCUGUGACUUACCUAAGUUGAGAACUAUAUGGCACCGCCAACUUGCCCCAGACUCUUUUCGAAAGCUCGAAACAGUUACAGUUUUGAGAUGCCAGGGUCUAAUAAAUAUCUUUACGCCAAGUAUGAUGGGAAGAUUGAAUGCUUUAGACACCUUAAACAUAGAACAAUGCAAGUCACUACAAGUGGUAUUUGAACAAACAUAUGACACAUCAACCACUGAGUUGAAAACUUUUGAGUGCCCAAAUCUUUAUUAUAUAGAAAUAAAUUCGUGUGAGAGUUUGAAAAAUAUCUUUCCAGCCUCAGUGGCCAAAGGUCUUCAGCAGUUAAGGGAGUUGAAUGUGCGGGAUUGUGGAAUAUUGGAGGAAAUUGUUGCCAAGGAAGGAGUAGAAACGACACCAAUUGAGGAGUUUGUGUUUCCUAAAGUAACACUUAUGAAAUUUGUUAAUCUGCCCCAACUGAGGAGUUUCUAUCCGAGGCUGCAUGUUUCCAAGUGGCCAUUACUCAAAUAUAUGGAAUUCUUUGAAUGUGGUAAAGUGGAGAUUUUUGCUUCCGAAUAUUCAAGAUUCCAAGAAAGACUUGAUUCGGAUACACCAAUCAAACAACCUUUGUUGUUAGUUGACAAGGGUAAUCCAUUCCCCAACUUGGAAACAUUGGAAUUGGACAAGAACAUAGAGAUUUGGUACGAAGCUUAUGGUCCACUCCUAGCAAAGUUGUUUCGCAACCUAAAAUACAUUCGCUUUUCUUGUGCACACCCACAGUCAUUUCAUUUCCUUGAGAACUUACAUAAUCUUGAAGAGCUCGUUGUUUAUAAUGGUCCUUGGAAAGAAAUAUUUGUGUAUGAAGGGACUAGUAGCGGGGAAAUAGAUGUAAUUGGGAGGACCCUGCCACAUGUAAAGAAUUUGUAUCUCAACACAUUGGAGGAGCUGAUGCAUCUAGGGAUAGGGAAUGACAACUCUGAAUCAGUUUUUCCAAACUUGGAAAUUCUAAAGUUGUACCAUUGUGGCAGAUUAAAGAAUCUAACUUCAUCCGCAAUAUCCUUUCACAAUCUAACCACUUUACAGGUGGAAGACUGUAUGGGACUGAAAUACUUAGUAACUUACUCGGUAGCUAAAUGUUUACACCAACUCAAAAGCUUGGAAGUUGAGGAAUGUGAAAGCAUGAUAGAGAUAGUGGCAAGCAACGAAGAUGAAGAAGAUUCAGGAAAUUAUUACGAGAUUGCUUUCAGUUCCUUGCAACAUUUGGAACUUUCUAAUCUACCCAGUCUGCAAGGCUUUUGCUCAUCGGGAAAUUGCACCAUCAGUGUCCCAUCAUUAAACUCCUUAAUUGUUGAGAAAUGCUUGAUCGAGUUGAAGAUUUCGCUUGAUGGGUCAUUGAUCCAAAGCAGUUUAAGACCAGAAAGACUACAAAUAACAGAGGAAGUGGAAGAAGCAAAAGAAAAAGAAGAAGAUUGAUGGCAAUGAAACGGGGGAAAGCAGCUGAUUGCCCAUACAAGUUAUUGCUGCAAAAGACUCCAUAUUCCAUAGUUUGCACCGCAUCAGGUCCUAAAUAGUAAGUAUAUACUGGGACCAUUCAAUAAAUACAUUUUUACUUGUUCUGACAAUUAUCUCUGUUCCACCCUCACCCAGCUGUUCCUGCCCUUGCCGCCAUUGCCGAUCUGAUCAAUGUUAAUUGUUUGAUACAAGCUUGCAAGCAGGCGCCUCAAGGCACGGGCUGAAGAAUUUGGAAAUGGUUGUGUGAUUUGUGUUGGCAUUCAGGCAUUCCGAUUCCUAUUGGCUUGUGUUGCCAUGUCUGUAACUGCUUUGUGAUACAAGUGUGAUUUAUAUCGGAGCUCUGUUGGUUUUCGGACCUCUCUAGUCUCUACUUUUGGUUUUAGGGAUUUGUUCAUGUCUCUCAGCUCUGCUAUUGUGCUGGUUGCAAAUGGAGGCUUCAUUUGUGAACUCUUUUGUUGAAUGUUUUUUUCCUGCUGUGUUCAGUUGCACCAAGUGUUUGGGAAAUGCUUACUCUGUGACUUGUGGAAUUCAAUAAAUUGUAAUCAAAUUCAUAAAUCUUGGUAUUUCUUACA